AUGCCGUUCUCCAACAGCUUGCAGCAAUGGAGCAGCGAGCUUCAAAAGGACUUGGAGGACAGGAUUUCAAAUCCGCACUAUCCUGUCCAUGCUGCCAGGUCCACCAAGUUUAUCCAGCUGUACAACAAGGUGCAGGCAGAGAUGCUUGCUCCUCUUUCCGAGCCGCAGGAGGGUGAGGGAGCGAGAACGCAGGAGAACAAGCACACGUCCUGGUGGCCGGUCUACCGUUGGGCCAUCGCGUAUUCGUCCCCUACCUUCCAUAGCAAUCUCGUAUCGCACAUGAUCAGGAGCUGCGGGGCCAACCUGUACCCUAGCAGGAAGGAGGCGGAGAGGAAGAGGAAGGAGCUGACCAUCAUCUCCAUGCAUGCUCGCGGCAUCCCCGACUGGGACCUUGCUGGGCAUGACCUGGCGGCAGCAAUCAGGGAGCAGGGGAACCGAGACUACGAGGAGUACGAGCAGCGAUUGUUCGAGCGCCUGAUGAGAUCGUCGGCAGAGGCCAAGAGGCAGAUGAUACGCCACACGUUCGAUCUUGUCUGGCUGAUACCCGGGCAGCAGAGGAGACAACUUCCCGACCUCCCUCUGCUCUUCGCCGCUCAGACCGAGACUAGCAUCAUACGUUCCUUCGGGCUCAUUACCGUGGGGGAGUUGAUAGUUCGGAUACAGUGCGCUGCGCGGCGCUUCGUGUCUAGGAGGAGGUUCCGCAGGUCCUGGGCACGUCGAACCCUUGCAGCAAGGCUGGUGAGGAGGCGGAAAGAGGCAGCGGCCUGCCUGAAGAAGCUGGCGAAGUUCUGCGGGAGCUCGCAGUUUACGGAUGCAUUUUCCCCCUUCUUCCGUCAGUACUCCAUCAACUUCCGUUCGGUCGAGCUGAGGAGCGAGCAGGAGCUGCGUUUCUACGAGAUUUACCAUCUCUUCCUCCUCAACUUCGAGAGGGUUUUGAUGCAAUUCUCAGCGAAUGAAGGGGUCGAGUACCAGCACCUUCUAGACUACUGUGAGAUUUCCUAUGGUGCCGGGAACCUGCAAACCAGAAGGUUUGUGCAAGAAAUGUUCCACCUGGUCAAAUACGAAAGUUUCCUCAAGCUGAUGCGUCAAGCUGGACUGGAGCAGAAGGGGGCGGAGUACAUGUUCAAGGAGCAGAUUUUCAGCUCGAAGAUCCUGAACGACAAAAGAAUGAUUUCUGCUGCGGGGGAAGAACAAAUGCUUCUUAACUUCUUUGCCAUCUACAAACCCCGCAGAACGGAGGAGGCCAUGGAGGAGCAGCGGAAGGAGGAGGAGGAGGAGUUUCUGAGAGGGAAUGUUCUGAGCAGCUCGUGCAAGUACAAGGUCAAGAAAGGAGAAGAGGCAGAUGCGACGAUGACAACGAUGAUGGAGAUGGAGAUGGAGAUGGAGAGAAAUGAUGAUGAUGAUGAUGAUGAUGAUGAUGAUGAUGAUGAUGAUGAUGAUGAUGAUGAUGAUGAUGACGACGACGACGACGACGACGACGACGACGACGUCGACGAUGAUGAUGAUGAUGACGAUGCUUUCUCAGAGCAUCAAUCUAUACGAUUUCUUCUCCCGCUUCUGCACGUGCUUCUGCACUUGACCACAGACAGGUGGGCAAGGACACGAGAUUCCUGGAUUCUCCAGGAUUGGAUCGACUACUUGAAGGAGCAGAAAUCGUCCGCUCAGAACACACUUGGUCAGGUUUUCGAAAUCUUCACGAAGGUCCGCCGAGCGGUCACAGACUGCAUUUCCCUCCAACAAAAAGACUUCAUCGCCAGAAAGUUCUUGGUGGCCUGGCAUGAGGAGGGGAAAGUCGCAGCCUUGCGAGCUCAGCAGGAGGAGCUUCAGGAGUAUUUCAACACCCGAGGAGGGUCUUCUGCUGCUCUCAAGAAGAAACUGCGGGAUAUAUCGAGCACUUUCUCCUCCAAGAUCGUGAGCCAGCAGCCAAGCAGGUCAAGGAAGAAGGAAAGUUUCAUCAACCUGCUGCAGAGAGCUGCAAGGGACGAGAAGACGUAG